AUGCAAAUGAAUCACAUGGUUUUCAAGCUUAAGCCUAUAUCCUGUCAAGCUCCAGCUUUAGCAGCCAUGCAAACUGGGAAACCUAAUUUUUAUCAGUCUCUUUCUCUUUCUUCCCAGAAUGCAGGUUUUGAUGAGAUAAAAAAGGCAUAUAAAAUCUUGGCCCUUCAAUAUCAUCCUGAUGUUUGUACUUGCUUGACAAAAGAAGAAUCUACCAGACGAUUCAUUGAACUAAGAACAGCUUAUGAGACACUGUCUGAUCCGAAUUCGAGAGAGAUUUAUGAUUAUGAGUUGUGUUUUGAAGACGUAUUUGAGAGCAGAAGGGGCAGUUAUAGGAGGGUUUGGGAGAAGCAGAUUAUUGGGUUGAAGAAACGAUCUGCAGAAAGAAUGGAAAACAGGAACUGCAGAUCAGGGUAA